AUGACGCUCCGAAUGCAACACGAACUGGUACAUGCGAGUGUGUCAGACCACGAGAUGUCUACAUCCUCGUUGUCUGGAGCAUUCGCUGCGAAAGCAAACUCGACAGCUGCUGCUGAUGACAGCGACAUCGUUCUCAGAUGCGGCGAUCGCACCUGGACAGUCUCAAAGAGUGCGCUCGUUGCCCACUCCAAGACCUUGAAGAGCGCGCUCGAAGGCGAGUGGCAGGAGGCGUCCGAAGGUGUCUAUCACUUCAGAGACGACGAUCCUGCUGCCGUCGAAGCCAUGGUUGCCUUCAUCUCUCGUGAUGGAGUUUACCCCUUGGAAGAGGACGACAGUGACUCUUCGGUCAUGGACGAGGAUGACAUAAAUCCUUCGCUCACGGACGAUUCUGACCUUAGCUCUUUGGUCAUCAGCGAGGACGACAAGGACUGUCCGAUCACGGACUGCAAACUGCACCUCAAGGUCUACAACUUCGCCGACAAAUACGACAUCACCGCACUCGCGACCGUCGCUGCUGCACAGUUCACCAGACUUGGGUUUUCUGAUGUUCUGCGCCCGCAGUUUUCCCAAGUGAUCCGCGAGCUGUACGAGAACAGUCCCGACAACAGCACCACACGCGAGAUGAAGGUCUCGGUCGUCAGCGCCUGCGCCAAAUACGAAGGGAUUAUGACGGGGGGUUUAUACCAGUCUUUCCGAGAACUCCUCACCGAUAUCAUCCCUUUUGCUCUUGCCUUCCAGCAAGAGGUUCUUGCAAACGACACCGAGAGACAAAAGCGAGCCAUCGCAGAGGCUACGCGUCAGCAGAAAGAAGCCAUCCGUGCGGCGACCACCUCGAAGCUCGCAACGUUAGACGCACAUAUCGCCUCGCCUCGACAUCCGUGGGCGAAAAUCGAGUGCCAGAAUGAGAACUGCAAGGAGAACUUCGUGAUCCACUGGAUCCAUGGUUGGUCGGCCAAAGCCUACUACUGUCCGUAUUGCUUGACGCCAUUCACGAGGAACUCGCAUCGAGUGUUCACGUGGGGCGAACCGCAAGACCGUGUGAAGAAGAUGGGCGGUUGA